UGCAGUGCAUAUAUAUUGUCAAAAAAUCUGGACAUGAUCGUGAAUUUCGGUCAUAUUUAAGUGAAUAUUUACAUGACAUUGGAAUUGGAUACGGAUCCCCUGUGUUGUUGUGAGUACUAUGAUCGAGGCUAUGAGCGGAACCAUAUUUUAGCUUGCUGCUGUAACUGCGUGGACGUCGACGAAUCUUUCGACAGAUUUGUUUCUGGUCGACCGAUCCCGGUGGAAAAGCAGCGUGACAUGCUGCUGACUUUCCAGGACCGCCUCCGCAUUCCCUGGCGAGGCGGUGCCAAGCAGAUCACGGUGGACAAUGUCCUACCGGUCGUUCUGCUGGUCAGUCUGCAGCUUUUGUCUGCUUUGGAUUUCUACUGCAGUCUGGUUAUUUUCAUGAUCAUCCCGAUGUUACUGGCCUAUUUGAAGCGAUUUCUAGGACGUGUGCUACCGAAGACAAAAUUUUUCUGCCUGUGGUUCUUCUGGAGCGGUGUUUAUCUGGUGAUUUUGUUCGAGUCAACUGUGCCGCUGUUGGAAUUACUUCCGGAGGAAAAUGUUGCCUUCGUACUGCUGAUGUCUCUGUCAUUCUUUUGCUUCUACAAAACCAAUCAACGCGCGGCUUUGAAUCACAUCAAUCAGCCACAGUUCGAUUUAUUGACUAAGGGCGAUUCGCAGACGGCUAUUCUGAUAUCUGAUAGGGAAGAUUCCGACGAAAACGAUGGACGGCUGGCAUGUCAAACCUGUCGCAAGUAUGUUCCACCUCGAAGCUACCACUGCAAGAUCUGUGCAACGUGUGUCAUCAAACACGACCAUCACAGUGUAUGGGUGAACUGCUGUGUUGGACGUGCAAAUCACAGAUUUUUCCUGGCCGGUUGCAUAUGCUCGCUGUUGGCACUUUGGCUGUUUGCAAAUCUUUCGCUGACCUCAGUUUGCCACCCGACGCCGAUUUUCACCCUGCUCGGAGUUACGGUAAUGCUGCCGGAUGAUUGCACAGACAUUUUCUUUCAGUAUGACAUAGCUCUUUGCUUCACUGGUGCCAUCUAUGCCCUGUUAAUGUCUCUAUUUAUUCUGAUGUCGUUAUUAAAACAGACCUGUCUUAUAUCCCGUGGUCUCACUGGCAGCGAAUGGCAGCGAGGCGAGCAUAUCAACCGGCGAAACUGUCUCGUCAAUUGGAAAAUGUUCUGCAUGGGACAAUAAAUCCACUACUUGCUACUUAUUAUUAACGAUAUCAUCCUUAUGGUUAAGACCAUACUAUAUUAUCAGAUACACACAUGUACGUAUUUUAACCCGUUUUAAGAAAAUAACUUCAUAAUACAAAAAACUGUUUACUAGCGAAGAAAAGAAUUCUCACCUUCAAAACGAACAUCUUUUGAAGGUCAAUGAUAGGAAAAUAAUAACGUAUGAGUUUCCUGUUUCAUGUUUUCCGCAUAGCGAUGGAUAUUUAUAAGUAUAAGAAACACAAAGUAAUUUAUCUGUAAGGUUAUGUCGAUAAUAUAUAAGUAUAGUUAGGUCGUAAGUAGUCAUUAUUAAAAUAACUUCUUUGCUCUUUAAACUAAACAAACAAAACAUACAUAUAUUUACUCGCUAAUAAUAUAUCAUGAAUUCACCAAAAAUCCAAUGAUAGACAACACUCCUGGUUUUAGAAAGAGGAGAAAUUUAAGUCAAAUAAUGUAAGUCGUACGGCGACAAGUAGACUGAUAAAGAUUAGCGAAUAAACGGCGCCAUAGUUUUCUUAUAGUUUAACACUCGUAUCUGUCUCAUAAAUUAUCUAAUCAGGCCUAACCUAUUCACUAUUUAAAAUAUAUUCAAAAUAUUACGUAGCACAAAAUAUCUUAAUUACAUUGGUGCUCAUUUAGAAGUGAACAUAGUUGUUCGUUUCGAUUCGUCGCAUUAUUAUAUAUUCACUCUAAUUACGUCCAAAUUCGUUUAUCUUUCAAGUGCUCAUAACAUUAGUAUCUUAUUCAUAUGCCUCACUGAAUUGAAAAUAUUGAAAUAAUUGACCAAUCCAUUGAUUGAGUCGAAAUAACCUGAAACCUUCUGAUGAAGAAUUUCAAUAAAGUUUUAACAAAAAACAGCAAACAUACCACACCAGAAGGUUGCAGUGUUGUAGGAAAUGGAAUCAAUGGUAGGAUUAAAAUAAUUUAAAUGCUCACUA